AUGACCGGCUCGCGGAAGAAGAACAAGCCCCAUCAUCCCAACCAGACCAUCCCCAGUCAUCUACGGGCUUCACGCAUCCUGGCUGCUCAGAACGAGGCGAGGCGCAAGUUCAACGAGAUGCAAGGGAAGCAGGGCACUUCGGGGAGCUCGGCGUCCCAUGAUGUGGCGAGGAAGGAUGAUAAACUUGACCUCCCUUUUGCUAUGCAAGUGGCUGAAUCGGAGAGUGAGGAGGAGGUGGAGGAGGGGUAUAUGAUUGUUGCGCUUCCUGGUGGUGUUGAGGUGCCUGUGGUUGAUGCUAAGAAGAAGGCAGUUGCGAAGAGUUCGGUGGAAGAUAAGACGGUCUCGGAUGGAGAUGAUUCCCGCGAGGUGAAAAGCACAGGCGGCUUCUGGCCAUGGUCGAGAGGGAUCUCAAAGUAG